AUGAUCAGGUGGACCGUGCUGCUGUGUGUGUGUCUGAAUGUCAUCUCAGCAACAUUUGACUACAUUUUGACAGACCCGGAGGAUGUGCUGAGUGUGAGCAUUCCUCUGGAGGGACCACAGCGCCCUCUACUGGGAGUAACGAUGGUACUACCGUGUUACUUUGAGGACCACACUGUCCCAGACCCAGGAGCUCCCACCAUCGUCCCCCUCUCUCAUCGCAUCAAAUGGAGCCUCGUCACUAAAGAAAAAGUCACGACCAUCCUUGUGGCCUUGGAAGGACAAGUGCGUAUCACAGAGAGCUACCUGGACAGAGUUCAGCUGGUGGGUUACCCUGGAACCCCAACAGACGCUAGCAUCAAGAUAUCUGAGCUACGGUCCAGUGACACAGGAGUGUAUCGCUGUGAGGUUCAGCAUGGCAUCGAGGACAACCACGACAUCGUCCAUGUGCAGGUUCAAGGUAUCGUGUUCCACUACCGGGCCAUCAUGGGUCGUUACAGUUUGACUUUUGAAAAGGCGAAGGCAGCAUGCACCGAGAACAGUGCAGUCAUGGCUUCACCUGAACAGCUUCAAGCGGCCUACGAUGAUGGUUUCCACCAGUGCGACGCCGGCUGGCUCUCUGAUCAGACUGUCAGGUACCCAAUCCGUGACCCUCGUGUGAACUGCUACGGUGACAAAGAGGAACUGCCUGGGGUCAGGACGUAUGGAGUCAGAGACCUCAAUGAGACUUACGAUGUCUACUGCUUCGCUGAGAAGAUGACAGGCAGAGUUUUCUACACUGCUUCUGCAGAAAAGUUCAGCUUCUCUGAGGCUGUGGAGGCGUGCUCUAAGCAGGGAGCUCGGCUGGCCACCACAGGUCAGCUCUACCUGGCCUGGCAAGGUGGGAUGGAUGUCUGCAACGCCGGUUGGCUGGGAGACCGGAGCGUCCGCUAUCCCAUCAACAUUCGUCGGCCGCAGUGUGGGGGGGGUCUGCUGGGGGUGCGAACAGUUUACCUCCACACAAACCAGACAGGAUACCCAUUCCCUGAAUCCCACUAUGAUUGCUUCUGCUACACAGAGUCCCCUGAUGAGGAAGGUUCAGGCAUCAUAGAAGAGGGAAGUGGCACGCUGAGUGUUACCACGGUGACACAGAGCCCAGAGGUGUUCUUCAUGAGGACGACCACAGAGAGCGAGGCGAUCGGAGAGGUGGAGACUCAGCAACCCACCGUUGUGGACUUCACCUACACAGAUAGCCCCACCGAGCUGCCGCUGCCUCAGCCGCCCAACGCCACUGAGCUCAUCACCGAUCUGAUAAAGUCAGUCACCGCUCGGCCCGACGUAGGCCGGGAUCCCAGCAGAACCUUUGUGAUGCCUCCAACUGGUGUGGUCUUCCAUUACCGCUCAGGCUCCGCUCGCUACGCGUUCACCUUCGUCGAGGCUCAGCUGGCCUGCCAGAGAAUUGGAGCCUCCAUCGCCACGCCAGAGCAGCUGCAGGCAGCAUACGAGGCUGGAUAUCACCAGUGUGAUGCAGGAUGGUUACUGGACCAGACUGUAAGGUAUCCCAUUGUUUCCCCUCGAGAUAAGUGUGGUGGAGAUCUGGGAUACCAUCCCGGAGUUCGGUCUUAUGGUUUGAGGCCAGCAGACGAGAGAUACGACGUGUACUGCUACAUUGAUGGGCUCAAAGGUGAGGUUUUCCACAUGGGAUUGGCUGAGGGUUUCACCUACGACGAGGCUGUUUCUAGCUGUCAAGAGCAGAACGCGGUAUUGGCCUCCACUGGACAGCUCUACGCAGCCUGGAAAAUGGGUUUCGACAAGUGCCGCGCUGGCUGGCUAGUGGAUCGUAGCGUCCGUUAUCCUAUCAACAACCCUCGUGCUCAGUGUGGAGCAGGGAAAUCAGGAGUGCACACCGUGUACGUUGACCCCAACCGGACACGCUACCCUGAUCCUGACGCUAGAUUUGAUGCAUACUGUUUCAGAGCGGACGUUCUACUUAUUGCAAAUGAGACUGGGCUGAACAUCACAGAUAUCCAGGAGAUCCUCCUCAACCUGACAGCAAUUACUGAUUUAUUGAGGCCUGCUGUUCCCUCUAUCGCCCCUCCUAUCCCUGUGGAGACAUCAGGCUCUGGUUCAGGCUCAGCAGACUUCAGCUCGGGUUCAGGGUCUGCAGUUGAUAGUGCCUCUGGGGGUCACUCUGGAGACCUGUCCGGUUCUGGAGACCUCUCUGGUUCUGGAGACCAGGUUGUGUCUGGAGAUCAAUCUGCUUCUGGAGACCAGGUUGUGUCUGGAGAUCAAUCUGCUUCUGGAGACCUGUCUGGUUCUGGAGACCAGGUUGUCUCUGGAGAUCAGUCUGCUUCUGGAGACCUGUCUGGUUCUGGAGACCAUAUUACCUCUGGAGAUCAAUCUGCCUCUGGAGACCUGUCAGGCUCGGGAGACCAGGUUACCUCUGGAGAUCAAUCUGCCUCUGGACACCUGUCAGGCUCGGGAGACCAGGUUACCUCUGGAGAUCAAUCUGCCUCUGGAGACCUGUCCAGCUCUGGAGACCAGGUUACCUCUGGAGAUCAAUCUGCUUCUGGAGACCUGUCUUGUUCUGGAGAUCUGGCUGGUAGUGUGACUGAUAAGCUGGCCAGUGGAGAAUCAGGUCUUAGCAGUGCGGACGCUUCUGGAUCAGGUCUUAGUGGAGAAGAAUCCGGCUUCACUGUUGUGUUUUCAGGCAUUGACAGCAUUGUCUCUGGAGAGGGCUCAGUUUCAGGAGGACUCCAAGAAGCUGAAGAGGGGAGCACAGGGAUCCUUAUCUUCGAUUCAUCUGACGCAGGCUCUGGAGUGCUCAGUGGUAGCGGCGACCAGUCAGGAUAUGGCUCGGGAUCUGGAUUCAGCUCUGUGGAGAGUGGCUCUUCCUCAGACAUCUCUGGGGAAAGUGGAGAAUUCUCUGGCAUGACGUCCGGUUUCCUCACCAGCUGGGACUUUUCUGGGUUCAGUGGUUUCCCAUCAGGUUUCUCCUCUGGAAGUGCCAGUGGAGAGUCAGGAGAGCUUUCAGGGAGCGGAGACCCUCAGAUCUUGCUGAUUGAUGAUGAACUGAUUGAUGCAUCUGCUCCUAUUACUCACAGGGAGCAUGAGCUCGGAGGAGGCCUACUGGUGUUCAGUGGCUCUGGAGACAUUUCAGGAUCUGGCAUUCUCAGUGGUGAUCUCAGUGGCUCGGCUUCAGGGAGUGGCUCAGGGUUCUCCUCAGAUGUGACCUUUGUGGGGUCAGGGUUAACUGAGCUGACAUUGUCAUCCUCUGGAGAGCAGGAGGCCUCUGGGUUUUUACUCUACAGUUCUGGACAGGGAAGUGGUGAACAUUUAUCUGGAUUUGGAAGCUCAAGUUUCAUCUCUGGAUCUGGAUCGGAAAUGUCUGGAUCAGGAAUGUCUGGAUCUGAGUCCUCUGCAAGCGGAGAAGAAGGCAGUGUUACAUUCCUGAGUGGGGAUUUCAUAACAAAGGUAUCCAGAGAUGCUACACUGUCUUUGGAGCUUGGACAGGGGUCAGUGGAGUACAGUGGAGACGGAAGCAGUAGCAGCAGUGGCUUCUAUUCGGGCAGCGGAGACGGCUACUCGUCCACAGCCAGCGGCAGUUCAUCGGGCGCUUCCUCUGGAUAUCUGACGCAGGUGGUGCUGCCCUCUCCAUCCAGCGAAUGGGCACUCACAGAGAGCACGACAGGACCGGAGGAGGCCCGUAGUGGGGCGGACCUGUCACAGACCCAUCAUGAUGUCUACGUGACCCAAGGCCCUGCACUCGCCCCUGCAGGACUGGCUGCUCCCCCCACCGCAGCUACACCAGCGUCCGUGCAGACACCAGGCAUUGUGGAAAAAACUGAGUCAGUAGCAGGUGGCUUUAACCCAUGUGACCCCAACCCCUGUGGUGCUGCUUCAUGCACAGUAGAGGAUGGAGUCGCUCUCUGCCAUGGUGAGUCCCAAAACAGUGACGUAGAUGUGUGCCAUUCCAACCCGUGUGCCAAUGGAGCCACCUGUGUGGAGAGUGCAGACUCUUACAAAUGCUUAUGCCUGCCCAGCUAUGGAGGGGAACGCUGUGAGAUCGAUGAGCAGCAGUGUGAAGAAGGUUGGACUAAGUUUCAGGGGAACUGCUACCUGCACUUCUCUGACAGAGAGAUGUGGCUAGAUGCAGAGGGUCGCUGCCGGGACCUGAACGCCCACCUGGUCAGCAUCAUCACCCCAGAGGAGCAAGACUUUGUCAAUUCAAACGCACAGGACUACCAGUGGAUUGGGCUCAAUGACAAGACAGUAGAAAACGACUUCCGCUGGACGGACGGCACUCCACUGCAAUUUGAGAACUGGAGGCCAAACCAGCCAGAUAAUUACUUCAACUCGGGAGAGGACUGUGUGGUAAUGAUCUGGCACGAGAACGGCCAGUGGAACGACGUGCCCUGCAACUACCACCUGCCAUUCACCUGCAAGAAAGGCCCAGUGUCUUGUGGCGCCCCGCCGGAGGUCGAAAACGCUCACAUGUUUGGUAACAAGAAGGAGGAGUACCCCGUCAACUCCAUCAUCCGGUAUCAAUGCAACCCAGGAUUUAAACAGCGCCACCCACCGGUGGUUCGCUGCAAAGCAGACGGACAGUGGGAGAAACCCCAGGUUGAAUGUACUGACGUGAAAGCCAGAAAAAGAAUACAGCGGAAGUCCAGCAGAAGUCCGGCCAGUAGCAAGCUUCACUGAGAAGGACAAAGAGGAGUUGAUAAUUUCAAAAGAACGUUUACACCACAAGAAAAUCUAUUUUCCAUUUUAGUGAAGAUGAUUUGAAGGGUUAAAUUUCUGAAAAGCCCACAUGAAAGGUGCUACAUCAUGGUAAUGUGAUUUUUAUCUCUUCUACCCCCUGCCCCUCAUAAUAUAUUUUAAUUAGAUACACUAAUUUUAUUGCUCUGAGUUUAUUUUCAUUGUGUGUAUUGUAAUAUAAUUUUUUUUGGUGAAAUCAUUGCUGGGAUACUUUGUUCUGUAUGAGUUUUACAUUUAUGGAUAGCAGCAUCUGUCUGGUUCAUUGUAGUCUGCUGUAGAUCUGUAUCACAGAGAUGGAUGAUGGUGGAUGAUGGCAUGUUAGGAUUUGCUCAAGAACUGGUUUAUGUAAGGUACCAAAGAGUCGUGUGUUUGUUAGCAUAGCUCAUUGACAUUUCUGUAGGAGAAAAUACACGGCGGGGGGAGAUGCUCUUUAAGGGGAAAUACUGUUUUAUUUUUGAAAGGUCACAUCAAUCAUCUGAGUUCCCCCAUGGUUCCUGCUGGUUUCUACGCUCAGUCAGUGUAGUUCAAGUUAUCAGGGCUCGUUUUUCUUCCUUUAAAGAAGCACCUUCCUGCCACUUGAUCCUGUGAUACAGCAUCAAAAACAACUUCCAUAGAGCAAGGCCAUCCAACACUUCCCAUGUUUUAAUGUAGCUCAGAGGUGAAAGAGUAAGCACAUUAGAGAGCUGUUAAAGAUAUGAACAAGAUAAAUAUCCCAGUUAAUGGUUGAGCAACACAAGGCUUUGUUUACACUGAGCCAUUUGAGCAUCUGGAUUAUAAAUUUGAUUUGUCACCUCACGAACCUUGGGUUAGUUAGGUGAAAGGUCAGCCACUGAAGAGAGAGUGAGUCAUUUUAUUGUUUAAAAAUGGGGAUAAUAGAGGUGAAUAUUCGUAGCGUGGCAUUCAGUUGUAGUGCAGAGUAGUAUAAAGCCUCCCUCCUCUCUUCCCUCCACACAAUUGACCAAUCACAGUGUGCAGAUGGUGUAAACGUCAGAUCGUCAAAUCCUGGAAGUUAUAGAAAUGGUCAGACAAAGACCCCUCUUAUCCAACAUCAGACAGUUUGGGGGGAAGGUGUUGGACAAGCUAUCCGACCAUCCAACAAGCAGCUCAGCGGGAGUAUAAAGCCUUAUUCACGUUCCAAGUUUAUUUAUUUCAUAUCUGGAACCAAUGUUUCAUUUCUAAUCAGGUUAGACACUGAAGUUUGGAGUUUUAGUUAAUGAAAGUGAAUGUUAAAAAUCCAAACAUAUAAGGGAUGUAGGUGUAUUGUAGGCAAACUUAGAAAACGUAAACCUGCUGCAACUCUACAUCCAACUUGUCAAAUGGAAUAUUUCUUGGAAAAUACAUUAAAUUAUCCUCUUACCAAGAGAUAGAUGAUUAGUUUGAUAUUGCUGUCACGUCUGUACGCAAAACAUGAAGCUACAACCAGGAGGCGAUUAGCGCUAGCUUAGCAUAAUGACUGUGAACAGGGGAAAAGAGCUAGUCUAACCUCUGUCCAAAGGUAAAAACAUCUGCCUACCGGUAGGCUACUUCUAAAGAGCAAAUUAACAUGUUAUAUGUCGUUUUUAAGCGUUUUGUAUGAAUUAA